AUCCACAACAACAAAUGCCGGGUUUGUUUACAGGCGGAGUCGUCAAGAUCAAAGUCGUGUUUUUUUAGGCUGUUAUUAAAUGGCCUAAGCUGUUGACACGACAGAAAAAUAAAUACAUUGUGUGUUGAUGCAGACAUCCUUAAUGGCUAGUGACAAGUCAUGAAGAUCCUCAGCCUACAAAACAUCUCCAAAGCUUUCAUUUCUCACAUGCUGAAGAGUGUGGAAAGAUGCUCCGAUGUCUCUGCAGCGUACAAGUAUCUGCUUCCAGUGGCACCACAUCUCGCAGAAAUUGCCUACAUGUGCCAAUACUACAAGUCACCCAAACUAACAGAGUUGUUUUUACCUAUUCUAGUGGCCAAAGGGAAGUUGUUUAUUAAUGCUAUAAACAUAAAAGAGAUACUGAGUUAUUGGAAUGAAAGUGAGUGCAAAACUAAUGUUGCUUCCAUAACACACCUCAAAGUGGGGGAUAUUGAGGGGAGGCAGUACUUCAACUUCCUCCCUUUUCUUGGACACUUAACUAGGUUGCAGUACUUAGAAAUUGGUUCUUUUGUGGAUGAUGACCUUUUGGUUGUGUUGGGUAUCAACUGCCCCCAGUUACUUGUAAUAGAUGCUCGGGAAGAUACAGCAAAUGCAGUAACCGAUGUUGGACUUUCCUAUUUGGCUCUCUGUACAAAAUUAAGGCGUGUUCUGUUUUCGGUUUUUGCAGAUGAAUAUGAUUGUACAGUUGAUCAGCUUGGAUUUUCAGGGAAGGGAAUCGCACUCUUAUUACUUUCGCUUCCAGAUUUGGAGCAUGUACAGUGCUCUGAAUAUUUGUUGAGGGAUGCUCUUCGUUUCAUUUACCAAUCCAGUUAUCACAAUAGAACUCUUCCUGUACGAUGCAUGUUCAUUGAUCAUCCAGAAGUUAAUGUGCGUACUUUACAGAUUGUGCCAAUUCUAUGUCCAAAACUGGAAGUCAUAUCUCUCUUGGCAGAAAAUAACAAUGAAAAACUUAUUGGAAAAUCAUUAAGAUCACUUUCGAAGUUAAAGAUAUUGGUCCUAAGUUUAGGGAGUGGAUGCAAAUUUGAUUUGCUAAAUUUUGCAAGCUAUGGACCACAGCUUGUUUAUUUGCAAGUCACAACCCAUCUACUGGACAGUCAGGAUGUCUUGCUCCUGAGUCAUACCUGUGUCCAGUUAAAGACAUUAGUAUUGAAAAUGUUUAGCUUUGGGUUUGAUGGUGUAGGUGCAACCAACCUUGAAAAUUCGCUCUUCCCAAGAGUUGAGAAAUUGGAACUGCACCAAAAUAUUUCUGUCAGGUUGUUCAAGUUCUUGAAUAGCAACAUGGAAAACUUGCGUGAAGUGUACUUUACCUGGGCCACCAUCCAUGACCUGGAAGAUGCCUUGACUGUAGUAGUGCAAUCUGGAGGAUGGAAAAAUGUUGAACUUUUAGUCCUCCCAAUCUUGAGUCAAAUAUCUCUGCCUGUUGCUCAGAUGAUAGCAGCAGCUCUCCCAAAUCUAAAAUGCCUUGGGAUUACUGUUCAUGAAAGUGAAGAAAAUGAUUUAAAUAAUUACAUACGCAGGUACCUGCCUCUAGUUUCUCGUGCCGACCAAGAGUCAGUGCCGUCACCCAGUACCUCAGGAAUAUUCUCACAGAACUCUUGGAGUGAUGAAAUUCAGAUUGAUCAGAUUUACCUUUAAAAAUGGGAGUAUUGUUAUAAAAAGAAUUGUGAUAGACCUUAUUUCGUAUCCUCCUUAGGAAAAACAAGUGAAUUAAAGGGAUAAUUUGACCAAAUUAGGUAAUCAAACAACCAGUGCCAAGCAAAGCAUCUGUCAUCUAUUUUCUAAGAACUGUGGCUUUACAUAUAUAUAUGUAGUAUUUGUAGUGCUAUAAAAAUGUAAUUAAACUGCAGAAUACAUUCUGUAACUUCUUACCUCAGACAGCAUGAAGAGUAUAUGAAUAGAUGAUGUAUGAGAGUAAUGAUAUUAAACAGCUGCAUACAGAGCAUGUUCAUGUUAAUGUAUUGUUGUGUACAAGGAAGUUCGUAAUGUAAUGCACCCUGAAGAAAUGCUGAUUGUUAUUUAUUAAUUUUAUGUACACUGUAUUUGAUUAAUCUGUCAUAGGCAAGUUUGAAUGUAGACUAAUGUUAAUUAGUAUAUUAAUGUACAUAGAUAAAUUAUUGUUACCAUUCUUAUAAUUUAUGUGCAUUUUUAAGCAGAUAUUUCAACAGUAUUUUAAUAAUUACUUUUUAUCUGUAUAAUUUUAUAAUGUCUUUGUAUGAAAAUAUACAAGUAAUUUGUAUCCUGGCUUUGUGUUUAGAUCUCAUUAUAUAUGCAUAUAAUAUUGUCUUUUUAACAUAAACUUUCAAAAGUGAAUUAUAUACUAAAUGUACUGUGGUAUAUUAAUACACAA